UCAGUUGCUUGUUGUUGUCAGAGUUGCGCGCGCGUCGAUUAUGCGCACUCACUGUGAAUUGAUGUACUCGCCGUACAAAAGUUCUAGUGGUUCCUGAGCGACGAUUAACUUCUUUCACUAUGACACAAGAGAGUCUUAACGGCCGUGCAGACGAUGAGUUUCAAUCGUCAUCCGGAAACGUAUCCGAAGAUGAAGAAAUUGUGCUCAGGAAAGACGAUGACAUUACGCUAAGGAAAAACAAAGUGCGAGAAAUGAUCGUGCGCUUCGAGAAAACAUCUCUAAUAAACAAUUUUCGCGCGUCUAGUGAAUCUAUAGAAAAAACAAAAGAUGUGAACUUUGGAAGUGUUGUCAAUCCGUUACAAGCGUAUUUUCAACAUUUAAGUCCAGUGACAAGAUCUCAAGAUAGGAACUCGAACGUAUCAGUGAAUUCCCUUUUAUCAAAUAUUUCAGAAAAUGGUUAUGAUUCAAGUUCAUCCGGUUUUGUGUCUGAAAAUAGGAAAUCUACUAGAAGUAGUUUGCAGCCUCACCGGCCUGCGCCACCACCUCCGGAAACAUUCAAUGACACCUCAUCGGUAGAAAGUAAAUCACCUGCACCAGCUGAGGUUGAUUAUAUUGAAAGACGAUUUUCCUUUACAACACCAAACUCGUCGCCUGUUAUAAGACGGCGCACGCGACCGCCACCGGUUUUACGUAGAAAAUCAACAGCUGGCAGUCAAGGCCAUGUCGGUGAAACUCAUUGGUCUUACGGUGUAAGCCAAAGUGAUUUAGAAAGACUAUUGCGACUGAAACGGUCUGUGCCGUCUGAUAACGAAGAAGAUGUAAAGAAUGAGAAUGUUGAACCAGACGGAGAUAGAAGAGGUAGUAGCAGCAGUAGUAACAGUAGUGAUAGUGACAAAUCAGAUGGGGGUGCGGAGUACAUCCUCAAUAAGGACGAGGAUAGAGCCGACACACUAUCUAACGAUCACUCCACUGAUACAUUGAUAAACGAGGACGAUGGCGAUGCCCAGGAUAAUUUAUCAGUUACUUCAAGUGAAACAAGUGAUGAUAAUAGUAAUAUUUUGGACAAUGUUAGCAUUAAAUCAAUAUCAUCAUUUGACAUGGUACCCUACCAAAAAUACGAUAGUAUAACCAUAUCAUCGGAUGAAUUUGGAUCAGAAGUGUGUCAUGAGCCUUCAACAGAGUUCUUGACUGUGAGUGCAGUGAAUGAAUGGUGCGUUUCUCGAGCUGCAGAACCGGUACUAAUACCUGUGGAAUCUAAAAAGGAGAAGUACCGAAGGAGACUGACGGAACGUGUAAACGAGCUGGUCCACACUGAGAACGUGUAUGUGGAUCGUCUGCGGCAUGUAAUAGUGAACUACAUGCCGGAGAAUGGACGGGGUGAACUGGACGUCAGCAUGCCCCCAUCCUUGGUCAACCUGAAACCUCUUAUCUUCGCCAACAUCGAAGACAUCUACAGGUUUCACUCGGAAGAGUUCCUACCCGCGCUCAGAGACUGCGAAAAUGACCUUAGAAAGUUGGGCCAGUGUUUUCGACAGUUUGAGCAAAGGUUCAAUAUGUAUGUUAUGUACUCUAGGAAUAACAAAACUGCCACAAGACUAGUAUAUGAAUAUAAAGACUUCUUUCAGAGGCGGCAAUUAGAUAUAAGCGAUAGACUAGACCUUUCAAGUUAUUUAUUAGAACCAAUUCAAAGGAUUCCGAGGUACAAACUCUUCUUAGUGGACUUAGUGAAGACUUACACUAAUUUUGAAAAUGAAAGGUGUGAGUCAGACUCUAGGAUAUCCAAGUUGAGUGUGGACAGCGACGAGACUGGGGGCAGUAAUGGUGAAUCCUCAGAUAAUGACGAGACUCCCUUUGAAAGUCUUAAGAGGGCGAAAGCAAUGAUUGAGCGCAUUUUAACUGCUAUAGAUGAGAUCAUGGCUUUGGAGAAUAUUAAAGACUGCCCGCCUGAAUUGAACUUGCUUCAACAAGGAAGAUUGUUGCGCCAGAAUGAAUUCUACGCUAUGGACAUGGCUCGGCGGAGACGGCAGCUUAUGAGGGUCUUCCUCUUCGAUAAGCUGGUACUCAUCACAGUCGUUUUUCGAAAGCAGCCAAGAGUGGAAUGUUUCAUCUAUAAAGACCACAUACCAGUGGACGAUCUCGGCAUCACGGCGAAGGAGGAAGACCAUCACAAGUUCACCAUCUGGUACAAGAAACGGAACCUUAAAUCUUACAAGCUGGAGACGGCUGAGACAGCAGUCCGGGAGACCUGGGUGGAGGAGAUCACCACUCUUCUGUGGGAACAGGCUAUGCAAAAGAAAGAACUUUUGCUGCAACAACGCAACAAAAGGAUCUCCACAAUAUCGAUGAAAAGCCAGCAGUCGGCUGACAGCGACGGCAGGGACGACGAUAAAUGUUCGUUAGAUGGUUUCGUAGUCGUGAGGUUGCACCAAUAGCUUUGUAGAUAAUUCACUUCGCGGCGUGCCGGGCGAAGUUCGUCGAUUCGGUGAAAAGAAAAUCCGAAGGACGACGUGGUAUUACGAAUGAGCUCAUUUCGACAUUUAUGUGUCUAUCGCAUUACAUAUACCUGUGAUUUUGGCAAAAAGUUUUGUCCUAUAUGGCAAACUCAUAUUAUUUCACGAUAGAUGUAAAAUGUAAAUAAUUUUAUACAGGUUUAUAACAAUACUUGAUAUUGCCCGAAUUUCCGUAAACGUAUCUUUGUAGUUAAUUCUAUGAGAACAAUAGUCUCAUCUAAAUAAAAUUCUAAUUCACUUCUUUCUACAAGUAAAUAUUUCAAGUAGAUGAAAAGUAAAAAUGAGAAAUUGUAACAAACAUGAAUAUAAACUCAUUUCGCAUUUACGAUAACUCUCAAAAUAGUAUAAUACUUUUCAAAGCAUAGAGUUCUUCUCUGAAAAAUAUAAGUAUUAACUUAGGUAAAGUAUUUUUCAAAGACUUAAUAAUGUAUAGUAAUGUCGUUAUCAUUGUAAAGUUCAAAUAUGACUUGUUCUGAUAAUAAUUGUUUUCUAAGUAACAAUUUUAAUUAAAUACGAACAUCUGUAUGUUAUUCUUGUGUUUGGGCAAGAUUAAUGAAAUCAGAAUACACGAUGAAGCUUAGUAAAAGGUUUCAACUGUAAAUUGUGUAAUAACUUACAUCGUAAUAUAGUGUAAUUACAGUCAUUAUUUUAUGAAAAGUAUAUGUAUUGUUAAAGCAUUAUUUAAUGUUCUAGUUUUUUUUUGUAAAUAAGUGUUAGUAUCAACAUAGUUGCUAUAGUUAAAUAUCAACAUAUUUUGUAAAUGUUAUAUUUUAUCGAAAUCAAUAAACUGCAUUCUUAGAACAA